AGUGUGUCCAACGUGCCCAUUGGUCACACUAUUUUAUACCACAAUGGCGAAUACAUCGGCGAAUAGUACCGGCGUUGUGGUUCCACGAAAUUUCCGCUUACUGGAGGAGCUGGAUCAGGGCCAAAAGGGUGUGGGCGAUGGCACCAUCUCCUGGGGUCUUGAGAACGAUGAUGACAUGACGCUAACCUAUUGGAUUGGCAUGAUCAUUGGUCCGCCACGAACGCCCUUCGAGAAUCGAAUGUAUUCAUUAAAGAUUGAAUGCGGCGAACGUUAUCCCGAUGAGCCACCAACGCUCAGAUUUUUAACUAAAGUAAAUAUUAAUUGCAUUAAUCAGAAUAAUGGAGUGGUUGAUCAUAGAUCAGUUCCAAUGUUGGCCAGAUGGAGUCGCGAGUAUACCAUUAAAACGAUGCUUCAUGAAAUACGUAGAAUUAUGACCAUGAAAGAGAAUUUGAAAUUGGCACAGCCGCCAGAAGGAAGCUGUUUUUAGUCAAGAUGAUGAUCAGCGCCCUUAGAAGAAGAUGAUGAUGAUGAUGAUGAUGAUAAAAUGUUGAUGAUGAUGAUGAAAAACACAAGAAACAGAAGCGGAACCAACCAGCGAGAAAGAAAGAGAGGAGAAACAUAAUACAAUACACACACACACCCACACCCAACACACACACACAUAACAUAAGCUAAAUGUGUAAAGAACAAGAAAAAAAAAAGAAAUAGGAGAAGCUGAUGCGGAAAGGCUGGAACAGGAAGAGAGUUCAGCAAAAAGAUGAAGACGAAGGAAAAGAAAGAUGGAUAAUGGUUGAAUAGAUGAUUGAGAUAAGGAUUGGCUUGGAUUGGAUUGGAUGCAGUGCAGCGCUUGUGUGAAGUUCUAGAAAUAUAGAUACGAAAACGAAAAAAAAACAAACAUCCAUGAAAUGAAAAAUGCAUGUUAUACUAUAAGUAAAACAACCAACAACAACAACAACGUCACUAAAAAUGAUCGUCGUCCCUUCCGUCAUCAUAUAUAUAUAUAUAUAAAAACAAAAACAACUAAAGAAAGAUCCAGAUUUUAAUCAUUGUUUUUUUUUCCUCGCCCCUCCCCUUUUUUUUUUUAAUUUUCUGUCACUUUCAUUCUAUUAUUUUUCCCCUUCUUCCUCAUCCUCCUCCAAAAGAAAGAUUAAAAACACAAAACAAACAUA